AUGAUCUCGUCUUUGGGGGACAAGACAGAACAUGUCUCCAUCUUCUCAUCACAACUACCCAUCUUCAUUUUGCCAAUGCAUCUCUCCCUGGAGGAACUGGACGAGCUUGAAGGCCGGCUGAUAGAUUAUGGUGGGAGAUUGACCUACGACAUUGCUGAAGCUAGCCUCGUUCUGGGGAAAGUUGGGCGCGCGAAGCGUGCAGCGCUAGAACUGCGGACCCGUGGUGUCUGGACAGAGGAGCUCGUACCCAGCUCAGCAUCUAAAUUGACUAGCGGUGGCGCGGAGCCCCCUAUCAAGCGCAGGCGCACAGAUCAGUAUGGUGGGACCAAGGAUGUGCCCAUUGAGAUUAUUGAUCUUAGUACUGAGUCUGAGGGCGAGAAUGGAGCUACGAAUCGACAUGACCCUUCAAAGCACUCAGUUCCAGAGAAAAAGGCAGAGGCAAUUAAAGAUGCAGUCACUGUUCUAAAGCUCGAGUGGCUGGAUACCUGUAUCAAAUCCAGCAAAUGUGUAUCCCAAGACCCAUUCGUUGUCUACCGUGGGCGAAAGAUCCCCUCUCCUCCCACGACAAAGGCAGAAAAUAAGCAAGACUUCCUUCAACAGAAGUCAAAUCAAAUCAUCGAGCGUGCAAAACAAGAUGCUGGUUUACCAACACCACGAACUCCCCCUCCAGAACAUAUCCACGCACAACGCUCAAAAGAACCUCCCGAGGGACCUUCUCAACGCCCGCGACCAACGCUAUAUCGCCAAACGACCUCUGAACACGAAAAAGAGGAAACCAACCCACCCCAACAACCAGACUGGGUCCGGGACCAUGUCUUAUUCGCAUGUCUACGCUCAGCACCCUUAAACCCACCAAACCAAGACUUCAUCUCGCAACUCGUGAAAAUAAGAAAAAUCCGCCAACUCACCCUCGAUGAGAUUGGCGUGCGUGCUUAUAGCACCUCCAUCGCAGCAUUGGCAGCAUACCCACAUCCCAUCCAACGACCGAGCGAGAUCCUCGCUUUACCAGGAUGUAACGCCAAGAUCGCGGAUCUGUUCGCGCAGUUCCAGCAACACGGUGACUGCGACCAUACCGAUGACGACGGGAAUGUCGCCGCUGCCGAUGCACUGGAAACUGACCCCAUGCUCCGUGUUCUGAACUCGUUCUAUCAGAUAUGGGGCGUUGGAGCGAAGACCGCGCGCGAGUUCUACCAGCGCGGAUGGCGCGAUCUCGAUGAUAUCGUCGAGCAUGGGUGGAACACGCUCUCCCGGGUACAGCAGAUUGGAGUGAAAUUCUACGAGGAGUUCCAAGAGGGUAUUCCCCGUUCUGAGAGCGAGGGUAUCGCUUCUGUUAUCCGUGAUCAUGCUGGCCGUGUCCGGCCGGAAGAUGGAGGUGGAGAUAGUAUUGAGUGUGUGAUUGUUGGCGGAUAUCGUCGUGGAAAGGAACUGAGUGGCGAUGUUGAUAUUGUAUUGUCUCAUCGUGAUGAUUCUGUGACUCGUAAUCUGAUUGUUGAUGUUGUUGCGAGUCUCGAGGCGGAACGAUAUAUCACUCAUACGCUGUCCUUGCAUUUGACUUCUUCGCUGCGUGAGCAGCAGACGUUACCUUUUGAUGGUGAUGAUACGAGGAAAUUUGAUACUUUGGAUAAGGCGCUGGUUGUCUGGCAAGAUCCGCAUUUUGACGCGACUACGGGGGAUAAUGGCCAUAAAGGGAAGAAUCCGAAUAUUCAUCGUCGUGUUGAUAUUAUCAUAUCGCCUUGGCGAACGAUUGGUUGUGCGGUACUUGGUUGGUCUGGUGACUUGACUUUUCAGAGAGAUUUACGGCGACAUGCGAAAAAGGCACGCUCGUUCAAGUUUGAUUCGAGUGGUGUACGAGACCAAAACACUGGAAAGCAGGUUGACCUGGAACACGAUGGGCAGACCUGGGAGGAGAGGGAGAAACUUGUGAUGGAGGGAUUGGGGGUAGGUUGGAGACCACCGGAGGAACGGUGCUCAAGAUAG